UCAUAUUUAAUAUCUGCAACCCGCUCGCCGCAUCGGAGUCGCCAGAGAGGAUGAAUUUGAUCAUAAUCUGCCUGCUAUGUGGAAUGUAUGGUGCUCUUGCAAAGGAUCAAAAGGGGAAGUACAGCGUCCCUAUUCUGGAUGUGACACCCCGGCAGCUGGUCCUCGACACCAACCAGACACUACUGCUCAGCUGCAGGGGUCGCUGGGCGCUGUCAUGGGCGUUCCCAUCAGGUUUGGCCAAGGAUGAGGUGCAAGUGGAGGACUCUCGCUGUGGGAGGAAAAGCCAGCAGUACUGCAGCGGUGUGACAAUCAGCAGCACCCAGGGCCGGCACACCGGCCUGUUCCGCUGCAGAUACCGACACCAAACCCCAAAACAGACCUCCGUCUAUGUAUAUGUCACAGACAGCCAGCAGCCAUUUGUGGAGCAUCCGGGUAUGAGCCCAGAUGUGUUGUACAUGAAGGAGAAGCAGCCGCUGGUCAUCCCCUGCCGGGUCACCCACCCAAACGUCACAACCACACUGGUCAAGUACCCCAACCACAGCCUGAGUCCAGACCAUAGGAGCAUUGUUUGGAACAGCAAGCACGGCUUCACCAUCCGAGCUCCAACCUUCUAUUACAUUGGCUUCUUCUACUGCCAGACCAUCACCGAAGGCGUCACACACAAGUCACGUAUUUACUUUGUACACCGACCAGUGAGUAACAUCAUGGAGGUGUAUCUGAACAGCAGUGGACCUGUGCAGGCCCUCAAGGGAGAGAGAUUGGUCUUGAACUGCACCGCCACCGGGGAGUUGAACACCAGGGUCAACAUCACCUGGGACUACCCUGGAAAGAAUAACAACACCGGCUCCACUUUGAAAAGGCUCCUGAAACACAGGACGCACAUGCUGUUUUACAAUAUUCUGACCAUCCCGAAGCUCCAGCGCUCAGACCGAGGCCUCUUCACAUGCCGCGUGACCAGCGGGGAAAAUACCAAACAACAGAAAGUCACUGUUACCGUCUAUGACCGUCCGUUUAUUCGCCUGAAGCCCAGACUUGGAUCUGUGAUGGAGGUACAGGCAGGACAGAAAUCUUACCGAAUCUCUCCCAAACUACGAGCGUUCCCUGCCCCUGAAGUCAUCUGGUUGAAAGAUGGCAUGGUGGCAGCAGAGCAAUGCUCCAGAUACCACAUGGAUGGGAGUUCCCUGGUGAUCCGGGAUGUGGCAGAGGAGGAUGCUGGGAAGUACGCUGUCCUUGUGCGAAUCCAAGAACACGGACUCUACCAGAACCUCACGCUCACACUUGUGGUUAAUGUGAGUCCUCAGAUAGGGGAGAAAGCGGUGUCGUUGCAAGACUCGGGCUCGGUGCCACGGGGGAGCAGACAAGCCCAUCACUGCACAACCCACGGAGUCCCUCCUCCCCACAUACAGUGGCUCUGGCAUCCCUGCCCAUCCAAAGGCCUGUGUGUGUGUCCAACGUCCUCCUCGCCAUGGAGCCCUGUGACAGAGAGGGUCCCCGCCACGUCCACAAGCAACCACAUCCUGAGUAUUACGCACAGACUGGAAGUGCUUCAGGGGAAGAAGAAGACAGUGGGGGUCCUGACUGUGGCAGAGGCCUUUGUGUCUGGAGUGUAUCGCUGCGUUGCCUCCAACUCUGCCGGCACAGAUCAGCUAGACUUCCACUUCUACGUCACAGACGUCACAGGAGGCUUCAGUGUGAGCCAGAGGGAGAAACCCAGGGAGGGCGGAGACCUCCAUCUCACCUGUGUAGCCAAUAAGUACCUGUACACCGCGCUGUCAUGGCAACGAGUGAACGACACAGAGGACGCCCGAUCCCGCAGCCCGGCCCUGAGCAGUCAGCAGCUCACAUCUGGAGAGUUUUCCAAUCGUCUGGUCCUGUUGCUAAGCAACCUAACAGCCAGAGACUCCGGCGCCUACAGAUGCUCCACCCGCCACCUGAUCACCGGACAGGAGGCCCACCUGGACACACAGGUGGUGGUCACAAUUCUGGAGCCUCCGGUGCUGCUGAACAAUCUGACAGAUUGUACUCUGAACGCCAGCAGCUCAGUGAGCCUUAGCUGUGCCUCUGAAGGCAUCCCCCCCCCAACUGUCACCUGGUACAAGGAUGAACGGGCUCUGUCUCAGGGAUCAGGUAUUGUGAUAUCACUAGAAGAUGGGACCCUCCACAUUGAUCGAAUCACAGCGGAGGAUCAGGGCCUUUAUACAUGCCAGGCCACCAAUGUGAGGGGAUCCGCCGAGAGCUCUGCUUAUAUAUGGGUCAACGGGGCCACAGAAUCCUCAUUUCUGGAAAUUCCUGCUCUCACCUGUACCUGUGUUGUGGCCGCUAUAUUCUGGCUUUUGCUGACGCUCUUCAUACGCAAACUGAGACAGACCAGUAGCGCAAACACCAAACCCAAGUACCUGUCAAUCAUUCUGGACAGUGGAGACGGGCCAAUAGAGGAGCAGUGUGAGCGACUGCAAUACGACCCAAACCAAUGGGAGUUCCCUCGGGAGCGGCUCAAAUUAGGGAAACCUCUGGGCCGUGGAGCCUUUGGUAAGGUGAUUCAGGCAGCUGCCUUCGGCAUAGACGACGCCUCCAGCUGCAGGACUGUGGCUGUUAAGAUGCUCAAAGAGGGAGCUACAGCCAGCGAACACAAAGCUCUGAUGACUGAACUGAAGAUCCUGAACCACAUUGGCCAUCAUCUGAAUGUGGUCAACCUACUGGGAGCCUGCACCAAACUGGGAGGGCCACUGAUGGUCAUCGUAGAAUACUGUCGCUAUGGAAAUAUUUCUGCCUUCCUGAAGGGAAAGAGAGAUGUGUUUGUGCACAAGACGCCGACCAGGGGAGAGGAUGGAGGGCCCGGUCGUGUCGCCAGUAUGUCUGAAUUUGAUGGGAAAGACAAAAAAGAAAAUCACCUCAAUCCCAAAUCUGCCCCCAACUCUCCCUUAUUCCUGGAGGAUCUCAUCUCCUUCAGCUUCCAGGUGGCGCGAGGAAUGGAGUUUCUGGCCUCUCGCAAGUGUAUUCACCGAGACCUGGCAGCUAGGAACAUUUUGCUUUCUGACAAUAAAGUGGUCAAGAUCUGUGACUUCGGCCUGGCCAGAGACAUCUACAAAGACCCCGACUACGUCCGCAAGGGAGAUGCCCGCCUCCCUCUGAAGUGGAUGUCUCCAGAGUCCAUCUUUGACAAGGUGUUCACCACGCAGAGUGACGUGUGGUCCUACGGCAUUCUGCUGUGGGAGAUCUUCUCCCUGGGAGCUUCUCCAUACCCUGGUCUUCACAUAGAUGAAGAGUUCUGCCACAGACUGAAGGGGGGAACAAGGAUGCGAGCACCUGAAUACAGCACACCUGAGAUUUACAGCACCAUGCUGGCAUGCUGGGAGGCCAGUCCCUCGGAUCGACCCACCUUCACUAACCUGGUGGAGACCCUGGGAGACCUGCUGCAAGAGAGGGUUCAGCAGGAUGGUAAGGACUAUAUUCCUCUCGGAGCUUUCAUAACUGGAGACACUGGUCACAGUGAGACCUUCAAAGAAAACGUGCUCGCAGUCACAAACCUGAGUUACAUGAGGGGCAUGGCCACACUUCAGACGUUUGAGGAACUUCCCUACAAAGAGCCGGACGACCCCGAUGAUGAGCAGAGUGACAGCGGCAUGGUGCUACCAUCCGAGGAAAUGAAGCGUCUGACGUGGAAUAACGGCCCCAAGAGCAGGAAACUCAGCAGGUUCUUUGCCUUCACUAAGUGCCGGGACCAACAGGUGCCUUUCCUGUGCAGUGACAUCACAGGUCUCUGGGACAUCAAGCCCUCUAUCUUGCCGUGUGAUUGGGAGUCUGACGAGGGCGGCUCUCCUCCUCCGGACUACAACUCUGCUUUUCUCUACCCGUCCCUGUAGCAUCUGCUCUUGGACAACUUUAUACAGGGUAUAGAUCGUCCUGCUCACAAGCUUUAGUCAACUACAAAUUAUUCUGCUCUUCUACUUUGCUGUUAGCAUCCUCUACCUCAGUGUAUCUGCAUGUAUUCAUCUGUCCUCCUUUUCCUGCUUCAACCAAACUUAAAAAGACAAUUUCUCCAGAUGUAACGCAAAACAUCCCUUUGCUGUUCUUAAGUUCACGAAACCCGAUGAUGUUGUACAACAAAGCCUCUAGAGUAUUACCAAGUAAUGUCUGCAUUACCACACAUAACCUUCCCAGAGCAGCUAAGCAUUACCUGGUUGUACUUAUGCACUUAUGCAGAAUGUAUUUACUGACCUACAACUAUUCAAGCUUAUUGUGUUGGUACCUCAUGUGCUGAGCUUUGUUAAGAGGAACACUGCUGUAUACGAUAAUGGUUCCUCCUACACAGCGAUUAUAUGCUGGAAAAAAGAAUUACCCACUUAGUUAUAGUAUUUGACAGGAUGUAUCUAUCUGUAUUUAAUUUAAUGUUGCAAUCAUUUCAUUGAUGAGUCUGUAUCUUACUGUGAAUGUUAAAAUACACUCAGUUGCCAGUU